AUGUUUGUAAGAGAAAUAUUUUCAGAUAUUUAAGAUGUUAAUGUAGUGUCAGAUGGGUAUCUAUCGAAUAUCGAGGAGUUCUUUUUACUCAGAGAAUGCAAGCAUUUUAUUAUUCCAACAACUACAUAUAGUUGGUGGCCAGCUUAUCUUGGAAGUUAUUUAGAUAAAAUAAUAAUCUCUGCUGAACCACAAUGGCCAAGUUUAUUCAAUUUCGAUACUUUAUAAAAGCAACGUGCAUCAAUAAAUUAAUGGAAUUUGAGUAAAUUUAAGGGAUGGAUAGAUGUUAAUCCUUUCACAUAAGAUUCAGAUUAUGUUAUUCGAUUAUAAGAUACAAAUAAAUGA